CUCCCGGAAGCACAUACAAACGCUAGGCAACGUCCUAGUAAUUUAUUAUUAUUAUUAGUUACCUACCGUAAUUAAUAAUACGUUUAAUGUGUUUGUAAUAUAUAUAGUGUUGAAUAGUGGUUCAGCCUAUAAGAUUUUUUUUUACUUUUACAUUUAUCUCCCUCUCUUGAAAUUUCCACCAUAUUGUAGUUUUUACUCUGUCCACCGCGGUUUAGUGAACACGAGGACGCUUUCUACAAAGGACUACAUAUCCCAGCUGCAACCACGACGUUUACGGAAGUGAGCUCUUCAGGUUCAACCGUUACCGGCUGUGCUCGUUAUCAACAUAUCGACUGUGUUAGAAAACUGAAACGGCUGCAGGGAAAGAAUACCGUACUUUAUUUCUCUUGAAAUAAAUGCUGAAAUGAAGCCUUCGCUGGACUCCGACGAAGAUGAAGAGAUAGGAACUUAUCAGAAGAAAUUGAGAGAGCGGGCCAACCGCAGUAUUCAGCAGCUAAGCAGCAUGCUGGUGAACCAGAGCUCCAAUGCUGAGGCACUGGAGCAAUCAAGCAGUCAGCACAGCACACCAGAGAGCUCGAGACAACAAACGCAGCAGAGCGAAGCAGUCAGUCAGCUGCGUUCAUUGCUUCAGAAACAGCCGAAAGAAGUCAACUCUCCUUCACCUUCAAAAAGGAAACCUGUUCCAAAGAGACAGACAGAUGGAGAUGAUGGAAGUUUACCUCCAGUCCAGGAUCUGGUCCCCAUCAUUCACAACCAGUCCGAGUACAUCCAGCACCUUGAGGCUGAGGUCAAGUUCUGCAAGGAAGAACUGAUUGCGUUGAAGCAGCGAAUCAGAGUAGUAGUUGUAGAGAAUGAAAAACUGCAUGAGGAGAUCAAGGCAAAGAUGUUAGAAGACACUCUGAAGGAUUACACUCUCCUGGAUGGCACGGUAAAUGCUGAAACUUCAGUAGAUAAAGUUACCUCAACACCAGCAGCAAAACCGAGAUGGGAUUUCAUUCAAAAAUCAGAAGAUAAGAAGUGGGAAAAAGAACUGGAGCAGUUAAAAUGUUUGUACCAAGCACAGACUGAAACGCUAGAAGCUCAGGUAGUUUCACUGAAGAAGGAAUUGGUGAGCUCUCAGACAGAAUGUGAGGACCUGAAGGAGCGUUUGAGGCAUAAGGAAGCUAUGGCAAGUGUAUCGGCGGCUGGUCAGCGUGUCGGGGGUCUGUGUCUGAAAUGUGCGCAGCAUGAGGCUGUACUGGCAGAAACACACUCCAACAUUCACAUCCAGGCCAUCGAGCGACUCACCAAAGAGCGAGACGAGCUGAUGACGGCACUGUGCUCUCUGAGGGCCAGUCAGAGCGAGGUGCAGCAGAGGGAGUGGGCUGCUUAUCAUCAGGUCAAACAGGCUGUGGAAAUGGCAGAGGAGGCUAACCUGGAGAAGACCAAGGCAGUAGUACAUUGUGAGCACGUCCUUGCUGAGCUGGCUAGGCAGAGGGAGAGACUGGAGAAGGAACUUGCUUUAGAACAGGAGAAGAUUGUGCAGGCGAGGGAUGCAGCCCGGUCCGAGAGCAAGAGGGAGAAAGAGGAGCUCGCCCAGAUGGUGACCUCCUUGACAUGCAGAGUGGCUGAGCUAGAGGGACUUUUGGAUCGAGGAGACCGAGAGAGGAACUCCCUCAACACUCAGCUAGAGGAGGCCUUUAAGAAGCUCACCGCUCAGGAGACUGAUAACAGCAAGGUGUGUGGGGAGCUGCGCUACCAGUUGAGCCAGGCCCAGCUUAAGAGAGAAGAGGCUGAGAGGGAAUUACGGGACUCGCGCUCUAAACUGGGCCGGCAGCUCGAGUUAGCACAACAGGAAGUGCAGAAGCUGGGUGCAGAGCUGAGUGGCAGCCAGCAGCGUUUGGAGGAGGCCCAGAGGGCAGAGGGCCGAGCUCGGACGGAGGCAGCCGGCCUGGCAGAGGGGCUGAACCGCGCCCAGCGCCAACUGCACCUCACCAGGAAGGAGAAAGAGACACUGGAGCGCCGUUGUGUGGAGGACAUGGCUGCUCUGACCUUCCAGGCUCAACGGCGCGAGCAUGAGCUGACACAGACGCUCCAGCAAAUGGAAGCGCAGCACGAGAGGAAUGUCGCAGACAUGGAUGCCUUGCUGAGCUUGCAGAAUGGCCUCAUAGGGAAGCUGAAGGAUGAGUGUCGCACUCUUUGUUCAAAAAUGGAAGAGCUGACCCAGUCUAACAGGGCCGAGGUAGAACAGCUUUCUUUAGAGAAGGAGCACCUGCAGGAUAGUGUGGAAAAGCUUCGAGGUCGCUGUCAUGAGAUGGAGGAACAGUGUGUACAGCAUGGGAGAAUGCACCAGCGCAUGAAACACAGCCUGCUUUGCCUGGAGCAGUAAUGGAAAGCCUGUGACACUGAUGCUGUAGCAGGAAAUGUCAUUCCAUGUGUAGAAGUCAAACUGCGGGCCUUGUGAACGAGAGGUCUGGUGCUACAUGCGUGUUCGGCGCAACGGGUGCCUCUUCUCUGUAGGAUACUUCUCCCUGCUGCCUGUGGGUUUAAGGUGUUCGUGUUAAUAAGCUGGUGCAAAUGGCAUCGGCAUACAUGCAAAUAGCCAGGGCCCCACCUCAGAUAUUCUUGAUCGGGCUCGCAAUCUGUGCUGCGAAGAGCCGCAACAGCGUGGCACGCAUGCAGCAUUUGGAAAAUCAGCUUGAUUUAUUUUUACCAUUUGAGAGCCAACGCCAAGCAACACAGGGGUUUUUCAGCACACAAUGUUUCACUCCUGCACAUUAUUUAUUUAUUUUUUUCUCGCCGGCAUUAACAUAUUUUUUUUGCCCGGAGAUUGGGGUGAGAUAUCAUAGAAACCCAGCCUGUGAAAUAUGAAUGGAUUGGUGUGUUGGCUAGAGAUAAUAAAUUUUUUUUCCCCCCUUCUUCUGUGGAAUAGCACAUUUAGGCACAUAUGCAUUUCAACGCUAUUUAUUUCUUAAAUGCAUUUGGAGCACGAGUUCACUGUCCUAUCUGACGGCUGGCAUUUACCGAGUAGAAAGUCGUCGUCACCAUCUGAUUCAGAACAGAUAUAUAUCACAGCAGCCAGGACAGAACCAUUGCUAUAAUUAUAUUAUAAUAAUUAUCACCACCUUUUUUUCAGUUUAUUAGUAAUGUGUAGGAAAAAUGAUGUUUUAUAGAAUAUUUACAUAAUGCACUACAACAGCAACAAUAAUGACAGAUGGUUACAGUGUUUGUAAGUAUGCACUUGUGUAAUUAUUGUAAUAAUUUUAUUUCGGUCAUUGUAAACAGCAGUGAAGUAUUGCUGAAGAUUUCAGAAACCCAUAUUUUUAAUAUAUUUUUUUAUUCUCUCUUCUCAAGUCAUAGCAAUGCUUAUUUUAUAACUAGUCCGAUGAUCUUUAGUUUUAAUUUUUAACAACCAGAUAAAGAUUUCUUGAGAGACAAAUUAAUUGUUACAUUAAUAUGAAUGUAUUUUUUAAAAAUAUAUUUACCAAUUAAUAUGAAUGCAUUUCCAACAUUCAUACAUUUUAUAAAUGCAUUUUCACAUGAAUAUGUAGAAAGCCACAUGCUCUUCACAGGUUUAUUCAGUUUGUCCUUUUUCCUUUUAAAAUAAUUCGGUCGGAUAUUUCUCUCUCCCCUAGAUAUAUAACUCUACUGUACUGUUUUUUUGUUUUUGUUUUUGUUUUUUUGCAUGUCUGCAUAGUUGUGAAGCAAUAAAUGAGAGUUUGGAUAGAUGAAAACGAUCAGGUUUUUGGUAGUUUACCAUUUCACAUAUCUCGCCCGUGUAGGUUUCAAUCCCAGUGCACAUAAGAGUCACAAUCCACCAUUGCACACACACACACACACACACACAAACACACACCACAUCUGCUAGCAUGCCCCUUCACCAAUUAUCACGCUGCCUAAUCAACAUACCAUAUACGUACGCAUACAAACACACACGCACACACAGACGCAAACACACUUGUGCUUUAAAGCAGUGCGGUAAUGUAUACGCAGAUGUAUGGCUAAAUCUACAGGCUUCUGCCGGCCAUAUGGUGACAUAAAGAAAGAUGGUUGUGGCGUCUGGAUGUGCAUCGGGAGUAGCUAGGAUCGGGGGCCGCGCGUGUGUGUGUGUGACUGUAGCACUCCUCAAUAGACUGAAGGAGACUGUGUAAGGGAACAAAUGGGCGCGUGCAUCAGGGCCGGGAACAGCCGCGCUGCUGCCGGGGAGAUGACUGAGCCCCGGGCGAGAGCUGCUUCAUCUGGUUCCCUGCCACCCCCCUCUUAAAGCAAAUGUGUGUGUGUUUAUGUGUGUGUAAGAUUGAGAAAGCGGACGCACACACAUAACUGCUCUCCUAACAUUCCGCCAAGAGCAAGAAGGCUCAGUAAACUUUUCACUUGCAAAUCAAAUUGGCAAGGAGCGGAUAAGAUGCAGCAUGUGUGAUGUGGCUUAUAGUUGUCCGUGAUUAUUUAGCAUCCUUCUGUAUGACGUUUGUGGUCUUAACUGUGUAAAAUCUUUUUAUGCUAACGAUUGCGUUUUGGCUGAUGAUUGCUCCAAAAUAACUUACCAAAACCUUUCAGAUGACACAUUUUUGGGACAAAAGCACUUGCAAAGUUUUCUGUAAUUUAUAGUUGUUUUCAGUAUCUGAUGAGUAUAUAUAUUUUUUCUGAUAACUCGAUUAUGUUUUCGGCUGUGCCGCUCGGAAGGACUAACGUAAUUAAUAAUUAAUAAUUCGUUUGCGCAUGCUUUACAUAGUUAUGUUGUAUUAACAUCUGUGUGUGUAAUUUAUAUUCAAAUGAAAAAUGAAAGUUCAGUUCAAAUAUUAAAUUACUCAGAGGAAACAUUUUCGGAAAACAAUUUCAAAUGAACAAUCUAGAAAAUGUAGUGGUUAGACCGUGAACUAAAUAGAAAUGAUUCUCGCAGCCUUGGAAUCCAACAUUAGCGCCUUGUUUUUAAAGUCUUAUGUUUAAGGCUCACACUUAUGUCUAAUAGAACGAGUAGCUCCAAAACCUUUCCUUGUUUAACAAAAAAUUAAUAAUUGUUAUACUAAACUCCAACAUAUGUGCAUAUUUUAAAGAAAGCAACUCUGUGCCUGCCUCUUAUCCCCUCAC